AAUGGCCGACGCUCGUCUACCAUCGUGCUCAUCUCACCGCCAUUGCAUUAUCUAUCUUUUCGCCAACGUCGAUCGGAAACGGGUGUUGUGUAGCUGCAGGUGAGUCGCUGCAUUGUCGGAACCUGGAAGCGGAGCCGGCAGCGGUACUAACCAUUCGACAUUGCUAACUGAAUUAGGAGAGCCGUGACUCAGCAGCGCUUCGACAUCUACUCCCCACGCCCCGCUACUUCUGAUCUGAGGCUCUACUCGACCCGUACUAGCAACCAUGGCUGACAACCGAUUCCACUCGACGCGCUACACCAGCUGGUGCCCCGCACCCAAAGACGCGGACUCCGCGGAAGCAUGCCCGAUGGGAGGAUUCGACUCCCUGAUCUUCGAAGACGACGAUGAGGGCGAAACGGGUUACUCGUACGAAGAUAACGUCGCGGAUUACGUGGAGUCGCUCGCUAACGCGCACGACAACCAAUGGACAGAGCUGGAGGCAACGUGCGAGUUACUCGAUCAGGCUGGAGUCGCGAUCGAAGAGAUCUGCCUCACUCACGGGCUGCCGUCCGCUUUAAUCUCCGUCACCUCGAUUCCCGAAGUCGACGAAACUUCCUCGCAGCCUCACGACGCGCCUUCGCUUGCCGCCUCCUCGAACUCCUCGACUCCGCGCCACGAGAAGUAUGAUUACUCCCCGGGGAUUGACUCCCCCGCGGGUCUCUCGCCGGCAUUUUCGAAAUUCAGCCGCACGUCCUCGCUGUUGCAAGCCUCGAUUGCAGGCGUACCCGUUAUACGGACGUCGCGAUUCUGUGGUGGGAUGAAACACUCCGCUUCGGUACCUGCACUCGACAUUCUCGCCACAGAUGGAUCAAGCAAUGAGCUGAGUCAACGCUUCCAAGGUUUCAACGACUUAGUACACUCCAUCCCCGAUACAGCAGCCAGCAGCGCCAACUAUCAACCUAACCAGCGUCCUGCCUGUAUAAAGCACUCCAACUCCGUUCCCGCUCUCAAUCAUCUCUCGAGACAAGAACACCUGCCAUCCGUCGGCCAGCUGAUCCAACCCGUUAUAAGCAACCGCCGUUUAACCUCACAGCCGUCCAACGCCUCGCUCUACAGUAACGACAGCAGCGGCUAUUUCGUCCCCGAUUGCGGCGACGAAAGGGAACCAACGACCCUGCGUCGCGUGCCGUCAGUUGCGCUCAGCGCAUGCGGUGGCAGCAGCAACUGCAGCAGUCGUGUACCAUCGCGCGUCCACUCAGUCGCAGAUCUCCAGGCAGCGGCGGCCGCCGCAGCGGCGGGUUCUUCGCCUCUGACCAGCAAUUCGUCAGGUCCUGCUAACCUCGCGAAAUCCAGGUCGUUUUCGCAGGAGUUUCGCGCGCGGACCCCGACGAACCUAGGCGAACGACAGGGUAACCAAAUUCGCCAUGCUGCUCUGCAAGUUGGUGUUGUGUACAGCGGGAAGGAUGCAGAAGUGGCGGCCCUGUGCGAAGGGAAUAUCACAAACAUCGUUAGCGAUAGCAGGGGCGCGCAGGGUAACAGCACGCGGCACAGUAGCAGCAGCAGCCGCAGCAGCAGCGGCGGUGGCGGCGGCGGCGGCGGCGGCGGUGGCGGUGGCGGUGGCGGCGGCGGCGGUGGCGGAACGCGUAAGGCUGGCGCGGUUCGGUCAGUGAAGAAAAUGCUGGCGUCGCUGUUCGAGACGGAACGAAAGAUGAGCGUUAAUGUGUGGACGGGUGGAAACCCUGCUGCUCUUGACCUGCAUGGUAACCCAAUCAACACGAUUACUGGCGGUUACAGAACGCCCGGGCUGGUUCAGGGGGGUUACGCGGAAGGGCCGCGGAUGACGGCGCAAAAUUUGCCAAAGGAAUUGAUGCGGCACAUAGAGAUGCCCGUCGCUCAGUAGUUACUCCUCCUAGGGUUUCUUUCCAGCGAGGAACGCACAAGAGCCAUUUCGCCUUGCGGAUUGCGCUCGAGUUGAAUGCUGUGUGGUGCGGGGUGGACAGAUGGGCGAAAGGUGUCUGGCUGGUCAGUUCGAGGAGUACUAGUCAAAUUUCUUUGGCGACAUUGGCAGAUGGUGCAGUGUGUGCUUUGUGAGGGUUGCUCUCCGUACGCGUUAGUGUUUUUGCGACAUGUCUUGUCGUUGCGAGCGUAGCGGGUGUCUGAAGUGGGAGGAGCUCUUCCCAAAGAUUUGUGAUACUGGUAGUAAGCAAAAAAAAAAUUAUACAAAGGU